AUGGCUACUGCCGCAAUUACUCCAUUCCAAAGACUUAAAUGGGGGUUUCUUCCAGUACGAAGAGUCGUUGAUGAAGAUGAACACGGGAACUUUAUCACUACCCCAGAUAUUGACACCAGCAUUGACACCAGCAAUGACACCAGCAAUGACAUUACUAGCCAGAUUGAUGAAAAAUCAGAACAUUCCAAGAUAGUUCACGAGAAGGAAUUUGAUAGCGAUUCCGAAACAGCAAAUUCAACACAUUUGGAAUAUAGAGACGAGGCCAAUCGUCCAUGGUGGAAAUUCUUUGACGAGUACGAGUAUCGUGUAAGCACAGAGACAAAGUCAGGUAGAAAAUGGUACAAAUGGUUCCACGAGGAUGAUACACUGCAAGAACGUAAAGUUAUCUUGAAAAUUGACUUGUUGUUGACUUUCUACUCGCUCAUGGCAUACUGGGUAAAAUACCUCGACCAGACAAACUUGACCAAUGCAUAUAUCGGAGGACUAAAAGAAGCUAUUGGAAUGGAGGGAAACGAUUUUGUGAAUACCCAAGUGAUGUUCUCCAUCGGUAACAUUGUUUUCCAACUCCCAUUUAUGUACAUCCUUUACGCAUGGCCGUUGAACUAUGUCUUGCCAACUUUGGACCUAUGCUGGUCCAUUUUGACCAUUUGCUUGUGCUUGGUCAAGACUGUUCCCGCAUUGAAAGCAAUUCGAUUCUUUAUCGGUGCCUUUGAAGCACCAUCAUAUAUCGCGUACCACGCGUUGUUUGCCUCGUGGUUUAGAGGAAGCACAGGUGAAAUCUCAAGACGCGCUGGAUUUUACUACUUGGGCCAAUAUCUUGGAAUCUUGACCUCAGGUCUCUUGUCUGGAUCAAUUGAAAGGUCGCUUGGUGGCAAAAAUGGCCAUGAGCCAUGGCAAUGGAUCUUUAUCAUUGACGGAAUUAUUAGUAUAGCCGUUGGUAUUAUUGGCUUCUACAUGAUUCCAGGCACACCACAAGAUUGCUAUAGUAUUUUCUUAUCUGAUGAUGAUAUUAGAAUUGCUAGAAAGAGAAUGCAAAAAGAUCAAAAAGAUUUCAAGCCAAGAGAAAAUGCCGCAAAAUACUUUUUGGAUAUCAGUGUGUGGAAAAAAAUCUUCACCAGCUGGCACUUUUAUGUCUUGGGGCUCUGGAACAUCUUUUGCUGGAACAACUCCAACGGUUCCUCUGGUGCUUAUGCAUUAUGGUUGAAAACAUUGACAAAAUCAGAUGGUGUUACACCAAGGUUUGGUGCUGGCCAAUUACAAGAUUAUACGGCACUAACACCAGCUUUGGGGUUGAUUUGGCUUAUUUUGACAUGUUCGUUUGCCGAUUUAUUUAAUAGUCGAUGGGGUGCAAUUGUCUUUUCUCAAGUAUUUAAUGUGCUUGGAAACAUACUUUUGGCAGUGUGGAAUAUUCCUGAAGGUGCAAAGUGGUUUGCGUGGUGCUUACAAUACUUUGGCUGGGCAAUGGCACCUGUUCUUUACUCAUGGCAAGGUGAUAUCUGUAGGAAAGAUAUUAGAGAACGACAGGUUGUUUUGGUUUCGAUGAACAUUUUAGCACAACAAAGUACCGCAUGGAUUUCGGUGUUGGUAUGGAAAACAGUUGAAAGCCCUAGGUUCCUUAAAGGUUACUCUUUCACUGCAUCCAGUGGUGUUGCAUUAUCAAUUUGGACUUUGGUUGUGCUUUGGUUUUACAAGCGUGAAGAACGUCGGGGCGCAAAGGAGAAUGGAAUAAUACUUUAUAAUUCCAAACAUGGAGAUCACGAACCCGCUGAAGCUGCUGAAAUUAGUGAAACAUACCCGGACGAGAAAAAAGAAAGGGCAAUAACAGAAAUUUAG